AAGCAUAGUAAGGCUCGGUUGUACCAAAUAGAGGCUCAGUAAAACUACAGUGCAGUAGAACCAUACUGUUACUUGAUCUUUAAUUUUUGCCAGUUAACUUUUUUGUUCGUUCUGAUCGGUCGGAGUGCGUACGGAGCAAGGAUGCGUACGGAGUACUUGGAGCGCCCAAGGCCAGAACCAACCGAAACUAAACCUAAAAACCUAACCUUAAUUUCUAAUCUUGCCUCACACAACAAAAACAAAGUGAAAUUUUUUAUUUUUUCAGUUUUUUCACAAGCAUUGUGCAUAGUUUUUAUGAAAAUUGAAUGAAACUUGUCUAAGAUGGAAGGAAAUAGUAAGGAAACCGACGUACAUCUACGAAAUAUAUUGAGUUCCCCUGUAAAAUAUACUCCAGCUGUUCCUGUGCCUGAUUGGAAUCCUCCUGCUUCUAUUCCACCUUUACCCAUCAACUUGACCUCAAAACCCAAUCCAAGUUUAUUAACGGUAUCGAUACCAGGAGCAGUUGCAGGGGAACCUCAUACAAAUAUCAUGUUGCAUAACUGUGUGGCCACAGUAGACCUAAACGCCAAUUUAGAUCUGACUAAUAUCAAUGCCAGAACAAGAAACUCGGAAUAUAAUCCUGCACGAUUUCACGGUGUCAUAAUGCGCCUCAGGGAGCCCAGAACAACAGCACUGAUUUUUCGUUCGGGGAAAAUUGUUUGCACUGGAGCAAAAAAUGAACAUGACGCUUUCUUGGGAUCCAAAAAGUUUGCAAGGAUUAUACAGAAACUAGGAUUUAACAUACGAUUCGCCAACUUUAAGAUACAAAACCUGGUGGCGACUUGCGACUUGAGAUUUCCAAUUCGACUGGAAAAUUUGAAUCAUAUGCAUGGUCAAUUUAGCAGCUACGAGCCAGAAUUAUUCCCAGGUCUAGUCUACAGAAUGAUCAAACCUCGAAUAGUUUUGUUAAUUUUCGUCAAUGGAAAAAUCGUUUUUACCGGGGGUAAAAGUCGAGAAGAUAUCAAGGAAUCUUUGGAAAAUAUUUAUCCUAUACUUAAAAGCUUUAGGAAAAAUUAAUAUGGUUUAGUUUUCAAUUUCAGACUGAUAGUUAAGUUCAAGCUACCAUACAAGCGUUUGUUGUAUAGGACUUAAAUUUGUUUUGUUACUUUUUUCAAUGAAAUUUAUUUAUUUUCCUUUUUUCUAUAGAAAUAUAUUGAAGUACAAAAACA